UUUCCAUUCAAACAGAUGAAGAUGUACCGGCACUGCUAUCUCUGCCUAAUAAUCGGCGUCCUCUUGCCUCUCUAUUACAUCGGCCAGCGCAUCAGCCCGGCCAUGCUCAGAGUUGUAUUCAGGGAGAGUGCCUGCUCCUGUGACCUCAAGCCACUUCAAUGCAAAGUCUGGAACGACUCAGAACAGUCAGGAGAGGCAGGCCAAGACCAGGGACACUCCACACUAGUAGUAAUGCCAGUCAUGGGCACCGAGAACACUGAUGCCUCACGCGCCACGUUACUCAAAUGUACCAAAGGGAAACCUCAGGACAUGAGCCAGCCAGCUGCCAGAGAGACACCGUACCCUCUACAUGAGUGUUCGGUGGAGGUGGAGCUGAGUCCGUGCUCAUGCAAGCGGAACAUCACAGUUCGGCUGCCUGAACCGUGUCCCAGCACCUCCCCUCCUCAUCUCCUACAACACAUCAAAGACAGUCUCGGUCAGUCAGCGUGCAGUGACAUAGCUACUCUCAGAGGCACGGGACAAAAGAUCGUCAGCUACUCCGUGGGUGGCCUCAAGUCUGCCCAUUACGUUGGAGCACAGCAGCUAGUGCCACGUGUUGCAAAGAUGUACCCAGGCUGGAUCAUGAGGUUAUACACUGACGCCUCCACUGAUCCUUAUACUUGGAUGUGUCCCUUCGUCUGCACCAAUCCUCACCUGGACAUGUGUGAUGUGGCUCAUCUGCCAGGUCUUGGUAACGUGAGCCGCUCCCAUCCAAGGAUGUGGAGGUUUGCCACAAUGGGGGACCCACUGGUGCGUCUGUACAUGAUGCGUGACGCAGACAUGCCAUUGCUGCAGCGGGAGGUGGACGCCGUGAACCACUGGCUCCAGGCAGGCACGUGUUACCACGUGAUGCGAGACAAUCCUUACCACGGGGUCCCCAUGCUGGCAGGGAUGUGGGGAGGCUGCCAGGACAAAUGGAAUUCAAACAAGAAUGUCUUGAUUGCCCGUGCCACAGCACUCUGUAGCGCUCCUAAAGCUAAUGACCAAGUCAUUUUAUGGAAUAAGGUGUGGCCUGUGGCUCGUCUUAAUAGUACAGUUCACGAUGCUUACUCCUGCAAGAAAUACUCAGGCUCCCUGCCCUUCCCGUCACCAAGGUUGAAUUUCACUUUCGUAGGAAUGAGGACAUACAGGAAACGUUUCAGGAAAGACAGUGUACAUAACAAGUGUCCCCCUGCCUGUCGCCCGAAGGAACACCAGGACUGGCUGUAUUGCUGAUUGUCAAUUGUCACCCAGGUCACUGACUCACUAGACCAGCAUGUCUAGAGGAGCAGCCCUGAUCAACAGACCUUUCAUUUGGGACUGAUACUUCAAUGGGCCUAAUUCUUUCUUCAUUUUUAUUUAUUUAUUUAUUUAUUUUAUUUAUUUAUUUUUUUUUUUUUUUGCCUUGGCCCUAUUUAUCCAAAAAAUAAAAGAAAUAUCUGUUCAUUCCAUGAUGUGCUCUAGUUUAUCUUUAUAUUACACAUAUCCUUAACUAUGUUAUACAACACUACUUUCUUCUCAAUAGUGCUUGGCACCAUGUUUAUCGUACCACUCUCGGCAACUUACCAGCACCAUCAGCAUGGUACCCAUUCAUUAAAUCUGUUGUGUUGAUGACAUUCAAGUGUAUCCCCAGCAGAACAUGUUCGGUACCGUGUCUCUCUCCAUCUUCAGCUGUGUGCGUGUCUUGCCUUACACUUGCCAAACACUUUGAAGCAACAUAUGCAAGGAGUGUUCUUACUUAUUUGGUUUCAACUUAGAUUAAACUAAGCAUUAGGUGUUUGUAAGAGUGUGUGGUUUGUUUUGCUCCAAUUUGUAGCAGAGUACUUUACAAACCUGAAGUUUUUAAAAUAUGUUUGAUCACCAUCUUAACAUGAUAUAAGUUAAUUCUGAUUAAUUUGGCAUUAAAAGUGUGGAGAACUACAAUUACUACACUGUGUAUACUGUAGUUUUCUAUCACUCUAAUGA